AUUGGAUUUCAUAUGUUUGCUAGAUGUAUGCCCAAUCCCAGAACCCCUGAUCUAAGGGAGGCUGGUGGAGAGGAUUCACCAUCCGCCCGCCCGGACUGGGGUCGGUCGAACGAAAGUGAAACGUAAGCACUUGGCCAAGUGAGGCUUGGUAUGCAUGCCUAUGGGACAUGGAUAUAACCUGCACCAUCUGGUGCUGUGACACUGGGGGGUUCUGAUUAGCCAGCAGCAGUAAGUACCUCAUCUUAGGGUCCCACUACCCCUCCUCCAGUUUCUUUGUCCCUCUGUUGACCAACUUUACCUGAUCUUACUUAGUAUCAACUUUUGUCUUGCCUCGUCAUCCUAUCCAGGCCAUCCGCAGAUGAGUACAGAGUACUUUAAAAAGUCCACCCAUCCAGCGAACCAAACCCACCCCCUUUUCUUCCUCCAACUUCCUCUUGGCCCAAUUUCCUUCCAAAGCAAACCUCCAUCAAUCAAAAAAACAAUGACCGCCUCUUCCCACAUUGAAAAUUACGACCAAUCCACCUACUGGAUUGCUCACGCCCACAAUUUCCGUUCCUCGGCGCGCCUGCACCUCCAGCACUUCCUGUACCAAAACACCCUCGACUAUCUCCUGGAGCCGGCAAUCACCAAAGCCGUGACGGCCGCGCAGCAGCCGCUGAAGAUCGCCGAUCUGGCCUGUGGCAAUGGCGUCUGGCUCACCGAGCUCCACACGCAAUUGACCCAGAAGAACCCCGAUCUCUCUGUCCAGCUGGAUGGCUUCGACAUCAACCCCGUCAACUUCCCCGCCGCGGCCUACCUGCCCGCCGGCGUGUCGCUGCAGCCGCUCGACAUCCUGGCCCAGCCUCUUCCGGCCGCGCUGCGGGGUGCCUAUGAUGUGGUGCACAUCCGCGCCUUCGCGAGUCUGAUCGGCCCGGACUCCGACCUCACCCCAAUCCUCGCGGUGGCCGCGGCCCUGCUCAAGCCCGGCGGCUACCUCCAGUGGGAGGAGAACCGCGGGGAUCUGUUUCUGGUCGAGGCCCCCACCCCCGAGGUCUCCACGGCCGCCUGCAGCCAGGCCUCCCAGAUCCUGCAGGGCGGGCUGCGCGCCAAGGGCAUCAGCAACGCCUGGGUGGACGCCCUGGACACGCAGCUCACGCGGUUCGGCUUCCAGGAGGCCCGGCUGCGGCCCCACAACAAGCGGCCCCAGGACUACAAGGGCUGGACGGAGAACUAUCUGAUCGUGUGGGAGGAACUCGCCGCGCUGUUUCCCCCCAAGGCCGAGGCGCCCAGUGCGCCCGUCUCCCGCGAGGCCUGGGUCGCCCUGUUCACCGCCGCCGUCAAGGAGACGGAGCAGGGCGUUGUCGUGCAUCAGGGCCGCGUUGUCACCGCGGUCGGACGGAAGCCGCUGGCCUGAAUUUGUGGUCUACUUAGAAUAGAACUGGCUACUCGGAUGCUCUUCUAGCACAGUCUUGCUCUCGCUCGGGCAAACCUCAUUACAGGUCUUGAGGACCGGAUUAGGUGUAGCAGCGCCCCCCCGCCCUUCCCCCCUGACCUCUUAAUCACUGCUUCCAGACCAAUAC